AUGAACGUCCGAGCCCAGGAAUUGUUUGAUCAGUUCAAAGACAGUGACGGCAAGCUUCUGCUUGACUCGUUCAUCCGCAUCCUCAAUCCGUACCCCACCGACUUGAAGCGGCAGCUGUAUGCCCUCUUAUACCUCAUGGCCGACCGAGACCGCAAGGGCUACGUCACCGAGGGCGACUGGAUCAAGUUCAUCGACACGUUGACGCUGACCGACGGCGAGUUUAAGUUGUUGUUCGACUUCAUGGACUCGAACGACGACUCCAAGAUCACCUACGACGGGUGUGUGCGGGCGCUUACCCGACUCAACAAGCUGAUUGACCCCAAUUACCACCCGAAAAUGGGCAAGCUGAACUGGGCCUACUUCACCCGGUUUUUCGACCCCUUCGGCUAUAUCCACCUCGAGGACUUUGUCACGUUACUGAACAAUUUGCCCAUCACCAAAUUGAUUGGCGGGUUCGAAUUGAUCGCCAAAAACGGCUUGAUCGACCGCAACCAGUUCGUCCAGCUUUUGCAGACCAAUUUGAACCACAAGUUGAGCCCGCGCCUCAAAUCGAACUUGUCCAACGUCUGCGACUACUGGGGCGACUCUAAGCGCCAGUUCACGUUGGCCAACGUCCUCUUCGUGUACAACGCUAUUAAUAAAGUCGACUUGAUCAACGAAGUGAUUGCUAACACCCCCCCGACCAAGAAGGAUAAAGACGAUAUUUUGAUCAACAAGAUGGACUUGUACACCCACUUGAACGACCACUUGCUCAAGUCGCUGAACUUUAAACCCGUGUCCAUCCGCGAACUCGACUUGUUGUACGAGUUGAUCAACAAGAAGACGUCGGACGACAUCCCCCGGCGCGAGCUUAUCUCGUUUUUUAAUCCCAACUACUCGAACAAUUUGCCCACCCUUGACCCCAUCUUCCACAACCCGUUGCUGCAUUACCACGUCCCCGGGGUCAAGUUCGGUGACAACGACAACUUCUCCCUCUGGCCCAUCUUCGACUCGCUCUACUCGUUCUUCUUGGGGUCGAUCGCCGGGUGUAUUGGUGCCACCGUCGUCUACCCCAUCGAUAUGGUGAAGACGAGAAUGCAGGCGCAAAAGCACAAGCUGUUGUACGACAACUCGUGGGACUGUUUCAAAAAGAUCAUCUCUCGCGAAGGCGUCAAGGGGUUGUACUCUGGUUUGGGGGCUCAGCUCGUCGGGGUGGCGCCGGAAAAGGCCAUUAAGUUGACCGUUAACGACCUCGUGCGUGGUAUUGGGACCGACGACCACGGCAAGAUCACCAUGGGCUGGGAAAUCCUCGCCGGUUCCACCGCCGGGGGUUGUCAGGUGAUCUUCACCAACCCGUUGGAAAUCGUCAAGAUUAGAUUGCAAAUGCAAGGUAACGCCCAGGCGCACACCGCCCCCGGUGAAAUCCCCAAGAAGCGGUUGACCGCCAUGCAAAUCAUCCGUCAAUUAGGUCUUAAAGGUUUGUACAAGGGGGCGCUGGCGUGCUUGCUCCGUGACGUGCCCUUCUCCGCCAUCUACUUCCCCACUUACGCCAACAUCAAGAAGUACAUGUUUGGCUUCGUCGCCGACGACCCCAAGCACAAGUUGACCACCUGGCAAUUGUUGGUGUCGGGUGCGUUAGCCGGGGCCCCCGCCGCGUUCUUCACCACCCCCGCCGAUGUCAUCAAGACGAGAUUGCAAGUGGAAGCCAAGCCCGGCCAAGUCAAGUACACCGGCAUUGCCAACGCCUUCACCCUGAUUUUGAAGGAAGAAGGUCCUUCGGCGUUCUUCAAGGGGUCGUUGGCGCGGGUGUUCCGCUCGCUGCCCCAAUUCGGGUUCACGCUUGCCCUGUACGAAUUGUUACAAAGCAUGUUCCCCUUGAACCCUCCCAUGACCAAGGAGUCGCUGUUCAAGUCGGUGUCGGGCUACCCCGGUAUCUACGACUUGACCAACGACCAAGUGUACAACUCGGAGGGUAAGAACAAGCGGUUGGUCUACACGACCAAGCUGAAGAUCUUGGGGCAAACCCCGCCCACUGACGUCAAGCAGGACCCCGUGGUGAUGAUCCCCGCCGAAUACUUGUACAAGUCGCAGGACACGAUCAAGAUCUUGCUCGACCUCGACUACAAGUUUGGCAACUUCUCGCCUGACGCCUACAACGCCUACAUUUCCAAAAAGGACUAG